AUCAUUAACUGUUGCUUUUGAUAGAGAAAUCUAGGUGGUGGAUGGAAUAGCUUUUUUCGUGUUAUUGACCUUUAUGACGUCUCCUGAUAUUUUGGCAAGAAUGGAGAACCCACUGAUCUCUCAAGCUGCAAAUAACUUCAGGAAUUUGAGGAGGAGAAUACUGCUUGCUUUCUCUAUUUAUUGCAUAGAUAUUUGUAGAGUUGUAUGUUAUAACUGUUAAGAUAGUAUUCCGGGAGACUCAGUCAACCAAAGCUCAUGUUGUGGCCAUAUCUAAUGCUGCUGCAAGAAAUGCUGAGCAGCCUUAACCAACUGACUUGAGGAAUCUGUCAGUUUUCUUUUACAUGUGCUGUUUCUGAAUUUCUGUUCAGUUAUUCUUUAUGAUUUUAGUUCCUACUCUGGUGUGCAAAACAUAUUUUCUCUUCGGUUUUCUUUUAGGUGGUUAGUUACCAUCAUUCUCGGAGAAGUGCCUUUAUAAUCUUUUGCAGUUAAGAGACUUUCUGAUGAUAAACAGAGAGAAGAAAAUUUUUCUCAAGAAAAAAUGUUCUAGAAAACUCAGAGAUCAAAGAUUCUCGCUGGUAUCCCUUACUAACUCACCUAGAUAGGUUAUAUAAGAAAGAAAGGCAGGGAAUUCUGUUGUCUUUUCAGAGAAGGUGGGUUAUUGCAUUGAGAAUCUUAUAUCUAAAAACCUAUUAACUAGUGGCUAAAUGGCUGUGGAUUUUUUCAAUGAAUUUGUUCUUGUAACUUAAGGUGAUUAGGAGUAAGUAUAGAUAGCAGAGGAAUGACUGAGAUUCUAUAACUAGGAGUUGCUUGACUGAUAAGAGCCAUUGGAAAGCCAUUUUGCAGCUCUAUGAAAUCUUAAUCCCUUUUAUCUGUUUGAAAGUAGUUGAUGGGUCUCGUAUAUUAUUUUGGGUAGACCCUUGGAUUGGUGAUUUAUCCCUAGCUAAUCUUUUUGCUUGCCUUAUCCAUUUUUCUUCUUGUCAUAAUGCUCACAUCGGGUCACUUUCUCAAUCUGUAAGAUGGCUAAAAUUCUUGGGGUUAUCUUUUCUUUAUGAAACUUAAUUAUCGAGAAUUCAUUGACUUGAUCUUUCUGUUGAACAUCCUUGCCCUUUUAGCAUCUUUCCAUAUCUUGAUAGUAAAAUUUGGAUCCUAGACUCCUCUAAUCUGUAAACUUACAAAACAAUUGUUUAUUUAGAGAAAAAAUUGUACACUUACAAGUCUUUCUUUGCUCACCUUACCCAUAAUUCCAGUUGCCCUAAUGAGGCUUGCUGUAGUGCAUUUUUAGAAGGCUAAAGUUUCUUGUGAGGUUGAAGUUUUUGUUUGGACUACUGCUUUGGACAGGCUCAAAGCUAAUGAUUUAAUGCAGAUUACCGUAAACUAAACAUGCCCUUCACGUAGGUGUGUUUGCCAUAAUAAGACUUUUUUCUAGCACGUUUUGGAAGGAAAAGUUCCUUGAAAAAUGAAGGUUUUUGUUUGGACUACUCUUUCGAAUAGACUCAACACACAAAUCAGUGGACCUAACCAUGCCCUUUGUUCGGAUAUGUUUGUUAUUAACUCAAGGCUAGUGAAUCGUAUAGAAUGCUCGUUUUGCACUCUUAGGUGGCUUGGAGGCUUUGGUUUAGACUCUCUGAUACUUUUAGUAUCAUGUGGGGAUGAACUAGGGUUAAUUUGCUUAUUCAUUUUUUGAGGAUAAAAAUCUAAAUAGAGUGCCAAUUAAUCCUUCUCGAGUGAGAUUAGACUAAAGAAAUACAAAGAGUAAUGAGAUCCGAAAAUACUAUUUUCGAUGAGAUGAGAAAUAUUGCUACGACUUGUUGAGCCUUUAAGAAUCUUUUCAGCCAUCCCAAUAGCCAGAUUGUGGAAUAUAAAUUCUAGAAUCAUCAGGUACAUACACUUGCUAAUCUUUUUUCCAUCACACUAUCAAAUACCUUGACUAUUACCAUAGUCGCUUUAUCAAGGUGUUCUGGCAAGUCAAGAUUCUUUCUAAGGUGAAGGUGUUCAUGUAGAUUGCAAUCUACGUCAGUUAAACACCAAUUGACUGUAGCAAGUUCAUGGGCCUAAUCGGGAUUUGUCUCCAGGCAUUUGUGUGAUAUGCUGUAUAGAAGAGGAAAAAAUUGCUUCUAUGUGAGCUGGCAUGGAAGCUAUGAAUAAGGUUAUCUGACAUAUUUAACCAACCUUGGAUAACAUCUUUUUCAUUGGAAUGCUUUGCAAAUUCCAAUUUUGGAGGCAUAGGAGUAAGGAGGAAAGCAAGACUGCUAUGGCACAGAGCAUUAUUUGCAGAUCUAUGGACAAUUUAGUUCAAAAUGAACCAUUGAAUAUUUCACAAUCAACCCUUCUCAGAGCUUUAUUGUGUAAGGAAAUGACUUUUUUUUGCUUCCCAAUGGGUAAAGGCUUAGGGGAAUUCUCUGACAUCUCUUUUACUGUUCUUAACAUGAACUGGGGAGCAAUAACCACAUGAUCAUUGGUGGUUCCAUUUUGUCCUUAGCAAUGUUAUUUAUGUUAUUUUGUUUGUUUCUCGUAUCCUUUCAGCAUGAUAUGUUAUCCUUUAUUUUUGUAAUGCUCCAUUUUUAAUAUAAAAAAAGAAAUACUAAUACUAAUGGAAUCAGAAAUAAUAAUACAUUAAUACAAAUAAGAAAAUAAAUACUAGUAAGAGUAAAAUUUUAAAAGUUAUUAGGACUAUAAUAAUAUAGUCCUAAAUAGUAUAAUAGUCUUAUGUGUAAUAGAAUUAUGAUUUCUAUUUCAGCAAUCUAGAGUUAACCCACUCUACACCAUCUUCUCUAUGCUCCUUAAGGGAGUUGGGCGCAUAAGGAAGAUAAUCUGCUCCUCUUAGGUGGAAAGAAGUUAGGUCCAACUUUUUUUUUCCCAUACCUUACGUAAUUUGAAAGUAGGGCUUAUUGUUGAGCCACCCGGGGGUCUAUUACACUAUCAAAAUAGGGAAAAUCAAGAAAAAAUUUUGCACCAGCACCUCCCUCUCUACGCUUCCAUUGUGCUUGAUUAACACUGCCUUCAACUCUUGUGUGCAUCCCCUAGAGUUUCCUUGUUAGUUCUCUCAAUUGCUUCAUCAACUCCUAUGUUACGAACUUGAUACAUGGUUCGAAUCUGGAAGGUAAAUGUUUCGGGUUUGAGAGAAAGAGAGAGAGUUACAAGGCCUAGAGAAUGGAAACAGAGAAAGAGAGAGAAAAAAUUUGAGGGAGAUGAUGAAAAUACACACAAAUAAUUUAUUUCAUGCUUACAUCUUCGAAACAGGUGAUUAUGUACAAAAAGAUAAAUGAAAAUGCUCUGAAUCUACCCCAUUCCGCCAGAAACAUGAGAGCCAGGCUCAAAAGAACCCUAAGCGGCGAAAAUGCAUCUGUCGAGUUCCAGAAAACACUAAUCCCAUUUACCUUGAAUAACCCUCUUAAUCGCCAUCCAUGAGUCCCGGAAUGCAGAUCUGGUGGCCAGGAUCUUCUCCUCAAGCAACAUAGAUGCGUAUCGGAUCUUCCGGCUCAGAAAGCCACACAUCCCAGGUUUCCCCGGUUGUCGCCACGUGUUUUAAUCUCCUGGAAUAUACCUUUAGGUGAUCGGUUUCUCUGCAUUCAGUUCCACCAUUUUCUUCAUGCACCCGUUGCCAUCCUCUGUUCUCCAGCUCAUUUUCUUUCAUUUGCAACUGAUUCUCAACAUCCUACUGCUUUGCCUAAGAGGUUGCACAAUCUUUGUCCAUUUAUGUGAUCAUGCACGAGCUGGAGUACGAUUCUUCUAUUGUAUGUUCAGGAAGGUCUCAAACUAUAUUGACAGUAUAGAGGUUUUGCAUUACUCCUUGCUUUAUUACUAAGUUCUUAUGGCCUCAAGUUUGGGAUUUAGUUACAAGUCCGUUGACAGAAAACAUUGGUAAGAUUGGAAGUGUGUUAGAGUGUGUUUGACUUAAUUUUCUAUUUUUUGCUUUUAGUGAGGCCUCAUUACAAAGAACCUCCCAAUUUCUAAAGAUGCAAAUAACUCAAAGGAUUUGACAAGGAAAACACUGCUUGCUUUCUUUAUGCAAUUCAUAGAUUUUUAUUGACUAAUGUUGUAAUCACAAAUUGAGCAAGUAUAGCUGUAAAAGGGAAACAACAUAAAUCUAUGAGCAAUCAUGAAAAUAGGAUAAUAUUUUCUGGAGAGACAAUAGAAAAAUAAAAUAAAAUCUGUUAGAGAGAAAUCAUUAAAAAGUAGAUCAAAUAAGCUUGGUCUCUGCACUAUUGUAUUCCUUUUUUAACUCUUAUAACCAGCCCAGAAAAGAGAGCUAAUAUGAUUGAAUUCUUCUUGUUGUCGGGCUGACAGGAAUCCACCUAAUUUGUUUUAUUUGUCUCUUUCCCCCUGUGUUUACAACUCAGAACGAUAUAUAUACAUAUAUCUUUUAAAUUUUAUCAUGAAAGAUCUAAACAAGUUUUUCAGAAGAUAAUCUUACAGAUAAACUCUUAAAAGACAGGAAGAAAGAGGGCAGUCUCCGGUUCUAUAAACCAAAAUUCAGCUAUAUCUUCUGUGAUAUGGAUGGCACACUACUGAACAGCAAAAGUCAAAUUACAGAGACAACUGCCAAAGCUUUGACUGAGGCUUUGUCACGGGGUGUAAAAGUGGUGAUAGCCACUGGAAAAACUCGUCCAGCUGUGAUAAGAGCCUUGAAGAUGGUUGGUUUAGCUGGUAGGGACGGCAUUGUUUCUGAGUCUUCUCCUGGGGUUUUCUUACAGGGGUUGCUCGUUUAUGGUAGACAGGGACGAGAAGUUUUUAGAAGCAAUUUAGAUCCGCAUGUUUGUAGGCAGGCAUCUCUUUACUCUUUGGAGAACAAAGUUCCACUUAUUGCAUUCAGUAAGGAUCGCUGCUUAACACUAUUUGAUCACCCUCUUGUUCAGUCACUGCACACUGUAUACCAUGAGCCGAAGGCAGAGAUCAUGGAUUCAGUGGACCAUCUUAUUGCUGAAGCUGAUAUACAGAAGCUGAUCUUUUUAGACACUGCUGACGGGGUGGCUACUGUUCUCCGGCCAUACUGGUCGGAAGCAACUGGUGAUCAUGCCAAAGUUGUCCAAGCACAGGAAGACAUGCUUGAAAUUGUCCCACCUGGAACCUCUAAGGGUAAUGGAGUGAGAAUGCUGAUUGAUCAUUUGGGAAUUACGGCAAAGGAGGUAAUGGCUAUUGGUGACGGGGAAAAUGAUAUCGAGAUGCUUGAAUUAGCUUCUCUAGGCAUUGCUCUCAGUAAUGGCACGGAGAAGACAAAAGCAGUGGCUAACGUGAUAGGUGCUAGCAAUGACGAAGAUGGUGUUGCUGAUGCCAUCUAUCGGUAUGCAUUCUGAGAUUAGAGGUGUUAACAAUUUGAUGAAGUUGAUAUUGAACAAUCUACAAAGUCUUGGAUGCAACCUGCAAUCUUAUGGCAGAUUAUACAUUAAUUGAUGCUUUUCCUCCCAAAAAUCAGGAUUGAUUUAUUGACCUCUAUAGAAUUGGUAUCCUUCUCUAUUUUUUAAGAAUCAGAAUCAUUGGUUAGAGCUGGUAAGAUUUACGGAGAGAACUUCCAUGCCACUGUAAAUGUUUUGUUUCUGCAGCAGGCCGGUGCAAGCAAGCGUGCUCAUUCACACUUAACUUAUUUAUGUUGUUAUAAUAAUAUAUAGAUAUGUAACCUGCACUAUGUACAGAUUUAGUUAUACUAAAAAUUUUAUUAAACA